CAAAGACAUUUGGUGACUACCCUUUUGAAACCCUCUUUCAAAUCAGUCAAGAAACUGAAAACAAACCAACUCUACCCAUGUCUACAUGUUGCUCUAAUCCUUCUUUAAUGGGUCAAAAUCAAGAAAUCUUGGCCAAAGAGUCGUCGAACGAGGAGCAAGGCGCGAGCUUUUUGAUGCGGAAGGGGAACCCGGGUCGUGGUUUGAUCCGGGAAGCAUCCAUGAUGAAUCUUGGUAGCGGGAACGGCAGAGAAGAUGAUAUCGAAGAUGAUGAGAGUGAGUUCACGAUGGGGAGGUUGAUCCGGCAAGCGUCUCUCGACUCUUCUCGUUCGUCUCCUCCGCAACGAAUCGCUAAGGUUAUGACAGGAAGUUCGAGUUUACCUCGAUAUCCGUUACAAAAACCCGAAGCAAAUCAAGAAAAGAUGAGGAACAGAAGCAAAAACUCCAUGAAAAUGGGGAAGAAGGCACCAACAAUCCCAGCAGGGUGGGUUGAUAAGGGUUCAUCAGAAGAUAUGAAGGAACAAAUCAAGUUCUGGGCCAGAGCUGUGGCUUUCAAUGUCCACCAAGAUCGGUAUUAAACCGAUAAGAACAGAUACGUACGUAUUACGUACAAACAGUGUACAUAAUUAUAAAAGUUUGAUCCGGUUAACUCAUAAAUAUGAUGCUAACCGAAACUUUUUUGAGUUUUUGCGAUGUAAUUAACUCGAUUUCAAUAAAAUGAUUUUACGUUUGA